AAAAUUUAAUAAAAAUUUGUAUUAUUUUUAAUUUUAUAUUAUUAAUUAUUAAAUUUUUUUGUUGUAAAAUAUAUUAUUUAUGAGAAAAAGUGAUAGAAAGUGAAAAAAAAAAAAAUUUUAUCAAAAGUGAUUACAUAAUAGUUUGUUACGCAAGUAAAUUCAUUUUUAUGCCUUUAUGCGUUUGGCAUAAAUCAUAAAAGAUAAAAAUGUUUGAAGAAAUCGGGGAAAUAUUUUAUACUUUAGUAGUGGGUUAUAUCGGAGCUUUAGAACUUUGUUAUAUUGCAAAGCAUAUUUAUCACUUAAGUCAUCAGUGUAUUUUAGAAGAAAGUGAGGAAUCCCGAUUAAAAGCUUUAGAAGACAUUCAAGAACAAUUCAAACGAGCUGUUGCAGAAAAUAAACAAGAAAAACAUAUUGAUGAAAUUAAAAAUGCAAGUAUUAAAGAUGACCAAUCGAAUGAAGAAAGUAAAAAAUCUCAAUUAGAAGAUUUAGAAAAUAUUAAGGAACAAUAUAGAAAAUCUAUUGAAAGGAAUCAAGAAAAAACUGUUAAAGAAACUAAUAUAGAAAAUCAGAAUGAUCAACAACUUAAACCUAAUAAAAAAGAAAUUGAUUCAACCUUAUUCCCUAUUAAUGAUAAAAUUAAAAGUGACGAAAAUUUUGAUAACAUUGAAAGAGAAAAAACUGAAGAGAAAAAAGAGAUUGAGGAAGAGAAAAUAAUUCAAAUUAAUGAGAAUGAAUCAUUACAAAAUAAUUUGGAAAAUAUCCAAGAACAAGAGAGAAGAGAUAAAAAUGAAUUUAAUGAAAAUUUACAACAGGAGGAGAAAUUUAUUAUAGAAUCUAUUGCCAAAAAUAAUGAAACCAGUUCUUCGAUUUUACAAAAUGAAAAUAAUAUGCAAACAAUUGAAUCUAAAAUAGAAGGUAGAUUUAAUGUAACAGAUUUAUCAGAAGCAGAAUUACAGAUGUCAAAUAGAAUGAAUGAGAACCAAACAAAUGAGGACAAAUUAAUUAGAUCAGAGUCAGACACUAAUGAUAUUACAAGAACAGAAUCUUCGGCUGAAAGUAAAUUAGAUGAUAUAAACGAAAUAAAUAUUAACGAAUCAUCUGAGUUUAAUAACCAAAUUGAGGAAAAACACAAUGUGGAUGAAAAUAUUUCUUCAUCUACAUCAUCUAAUAAUAUACAAUCUGUUGUUGAAGAACAGUCUUCUGCUGCAUUUGAAACAAUUUCAAAUGAUUCAUCGAUGAAAAUGUCGCAAGAAAAUGAAAUUUAUAACAAUGAUGUUUUGUCAAAUGAAUUAAAUACAGAAAAUGAAAAAGAAUUCGAAAAAGAAAUUGAUAUGGAAACACAAUUAGAUAACUUUGAUUCAGAAUCAAGCGCAGAUGAAGAAGGAAAUUCAAUUUCUUCUGUUAUUGAGAAGAAAAUACCGGACAAUGGAAAUAUGGAAGCAAAUUAUAAAUUAAUUUUAACAGAGGAAGAAAAAGAAAAAGUUAUUAAUUUCAAAGCUGAAGAUAUGAACUUUAGGGAUAUUUCGAAAAUACUAAAAAAUACGGAAAUUAUUGAAGAUGAAGUUGUAGAAGCUCCUUUGGAUGAGGAAAUUAUUGGUGAAGAUAUGGUUAUAAAAAACAAAUCCCAGCAACUUGAAAACAUAGAAGAUGUUCCAAAUACUUAUGACCAAGAUUCUUCUUAUGAAGUGGAUGCAGGUUCUGGGAAUCGAUUAAGGCGAAGCCCUCGAAUUGUACAAAUGGAUCACUAUGAAGAACGUUGGAAUAGUGAGGAGUAUGAACAAAGGAAAGAAACUCAACACAAUAUAAAUGAAGAAUUUAUUGCAGCAGAAAUGGGUGAAACAAUAAAUUCUAAUAUAAGUGGCGAUUUUCUGAAAGAGGAACAAAGUUUAGAAUCAAAAAUCGAUUUACCGCAAUCUCAUAAGGUUAGCAAAGCAGAGCGUGCAGGACUAUUUUUAAAUAUUACCGGUAACACCCCAACCAAUAAAGAUCAAAAUUUGACACCAUCAAUUGAAUUAUUUGACGAAACUGGACAUAAAAGCCCUUCUGUCGAUUUAAUAGAUGAACCACGCACACCUUUUACUGCAAGUAGUAUAUUAGAAGGUUUAAGUGAUUUUUAUGAUUUCAAUGCUUCUAUAAAUCCCUCGCGAUCACCUUCUAUUUCUCGUAGUACGUCUGUUCAACCACUAUCACCAGCAGCAGACAAAUCUGCACAAUUAGGAGCUGUUCCAAAAACACCAACUUCAUUAAGUCCGAGUGUGAUUCCGAAAAAUAUAGAAAAUUUAAGUGAUUUCUAUGAUUUUAACGUUAAGUUAAACCAAGCUGGUAGCCCAAAGAAUUUAUCUUGUGAAAAUAACAUAAAUUCAGAAAAUUUUGUACUAAAAGAAUUAAAUAAUGAAGUUUGUCGUAAUUCAGCGAGUGCUAAAGAAAAAUCACCUUCAUUUAAUUAUUCAUUCAAAGAAUUAAAAAUGUUAAGCGAAAUAUCAACAUGGUCUCCAUCUUUAGAAUAUCAGGAAUCAACGAUAUCAAACAAAAAUAGUUCAACUGAAGUCAUAAAACCAGAUUCAAAUUUUAUGAGAUCGCAAUAUGUUGGGGCAUCAACAGAUUAUUCUUAUGAUUUUGAAGAUUUGCGUGAACAAGCAAGAAAUUUUGUAAGAUCUAAGAGCCCUUCACUUUCAUUUGGAGAUGAAAUAACUCCAAUCAGUUUACAAGAUUAUAGAAGGGAAAUUCAAGAUAAUAUUUUGAAAGAAUUACAGGAAAAAAGCUUCAAUUAUGGUUCCUUAGAAAUUGAUAAGCAAUUUUUGGAACGCGAAAGACGUGAAUCAGAUUCAGCGCUUCUUCAAAAAACAGAAAUUGUUUUUCAAAUACAAGAUGAACCAGAUUUUAUUGAAAACCAAAAGAAUUAUAAUGUGAUUGUAGAAGAAAUUGAAGUAGAACCAGAGGAAUAUCACCACUUUAGAAGAUUUUCCAUGCAACAAGAGUAUCAAAUUGAAGAAUAUCCAGAUAAUGACUUUAUUUAUUUGGAUAAGGAUAUUGUUGAUUUAAUGAGUUCGGAAUCCAUUGAAAAACUUCAAGAUAAUAUUGUUGAUAUGGAACAAUUGUCUUUGUAUUCUGGAGAAGCAACAGAAAUUAUUCUUAAAACAAUUAAAGAAAAUGUAGCCUUUGAUGCAAAUACUAAAGAUAAUACAAACAUUAUGGAUGACAAGGAUAAUUCAGAAACCUUGAAAUACGAUGACUUGGAUCAAGUUGAUUUAAAUUAUGUGCCAAAAAAAGAAUAUAACUGGAGAAAAAAUUUUAAACUUGAAGAUGAUGACGAGAAUGUAAAAAGUGUGAAAAAAAAUGACGAUCACAUUAUAGAAGAAACUGAUUUGAAAGACGCUUCUUUAGAUAUGAAUAAUUCAGCUCAAAUAUUAAAAGAUGAAAAUUGUAAUAUUGUUGAGGAAGAUGUUGGAAUCACUAAAGAAAUUAAUAAUGUCAGAGGGGAAAUGUUCACUGUUAUUGAUAAAAGUGGCGCGCAAAAUUUGAACUAUGAUGAAAAUACAAAGAAACAGUUUAGUCCGAAUUAUUCUUUUUCAGAAAGAGAACAACCACAGGUUAAACCUCUUGAUAAUACUGAAGAAAAUGAUAAAUUAGAUAAACGGCCAAAUGAAAUAGAAAUGAACAAAGAAGAUAUUGAUGAAGAUACUUUCGAUAUAAUUGAUGCAAAGGAAGUUGAAGAUUUUAAGGCUGACGUUGAAAAUUGUUUAAGUGAUAGAAACAGCAAGUUAAUUAAUGACGGAGGGUAUGGUUCAACCGAAAAGUUAUCUGCAAGACAAAUAAUAUGUGAAAAUCAUUUAAACGAAAGAGAAGUUGAUAUUUCGGAUGAAAAGAUUGUUGAACAUAAAAAUGAUGCAGAAUUUGAUUUGCAAGAAGAUAGCUUUGAUUUAAUUAACGCAGAUGAAAUUGAAGACUGUGGCAUUGAAAAUAAAAUUUCUUCUAACGAUACUUUGAUACAGGAAAGCAACUAUGUGUCUAAAGAGAAUGAAAUUCUCAGUUCAGACAACAGUUUUAUAACAAUUACUAAUACUGACAAUGCAACUAAACCAGUUUUCAGCAAUAAUGAUGAUAAUUAUUUAGAGACUCCUUUAGAUGCAGAUGACGGUAUUGAUGAAGUUAUUUAUGACUAUAACGAUCGCGUUGAUGAGUCUUACGACCAAUCAGAAUGUGGUGAAAAUAAUAAUUAUGACACAGAGAAUGAUGAUGAAUCAAGAGAAAAUGAAAUUCAAAGUAGUUCACAACAAUAUACAAAUAUUGGAGAACAAGAUGAACAAUCUAUAAAUAAUGAUAUUACACAGGAUAAUGAUUCUGACGAUUUAUUGGUAAAAAAUGAAAGCACUAAAAUUUUUCAAAAAUCGGAGAAUGUAAAAGCACCAUCUCCCAAAUCAAAUUCUACUGACAACUUAAGUUUAGAAAAUCAAAAAAAAUCAGAGAAUGUUAAUUUAGACAAACAAUUUGACAAAAUGUACGACGAUUUUAUUCAAACUCGAAGAGAAUCUCAUAUUGAGAAAGAUUAUAAUGGAAUUGUUGAAAAAAUGGAUAAAAAUUACAAUGACGACACAACGUCUAUAACUACUGAUGAAAUAAUUGAACAAAUUUAUUUUAAAGAUUUAAGUCCUUCACGAUAUGAGAGAUUAGGCAGUGAAGAUAGUUUAUCAAGCAGUUACAGUUCACUUAGUCAGGGAUCAUUAAGUACUAGAUCAAAAUACAAAGGAGCAUCACAUGCUAGGCAAAUUAAAUCGGAUCGUUUAAGAUUACGCUAUGGAAUAGCACCAGCAAUUGGGGCGUUUGCUAACUUUGAAAAUACUGACGAUUCGUCGAUAUCAUAUUUACCAAGAAAAGAAUACAAUUGGAGAAAGAACUUUAAAAUUGAUGAUUUGGAUUUAAAUACAGAAAAAUAUAAUAAAAAUGAAACUACAACUAAUUUCCAAUUGACUGAGAAUUUUAAAAUGAAUGAAAGUGAAAAAAAUGAGUUAAAACCAGAUUUUAGGUGCGAAAAUGAUAAAUAUGAAAAUGGGAAAGUAAUUUCAACUGAACAAAAUGUUGAAGGAUACUUAAACAGCAAAAUAGAUACUAUGUAUGAUGAAGUUUUGAAAAAUCGUCGAAAAUCUCGCAUUGAAAGGGAAUUCGAAGAAAUUACUGAGGAAAUGGAAAUUAAAACUGAAGAACUAAAUGAACUAGAUUCAAUGCCUACGGAGAAAAUUUUGGAAAACAUUUUAACAAAUACCAAUGCAAAAGAUGUUGAAAAGUUACAAGAAACUGUAAACGACGUCAAGAAAUCGAAAUCUACAAAGAAAAACAGAAAAAAUUCUAACACCAGUGUAAUUGCAGAAAUUUUAAGUGAAUCAAAAGACGAAAACAGUAAAUUAAAUACAAAUCUUACUAAUGAAUUACUAAGCAAACAAAAGGAAGACACAAAUGAAUCUACAAUAAGUACUGAAAAAUUUAAAAAGAAAAGUAGAAAAAAUUCAAUUAGCGUAAUAAAUGAAAAUUCAGAAUUAACUGAAAAUACUGAAAAGCCUAAAAAAAAGAAAUCAACUAGAAAAAGUUCAUUAAUACCCAAUAACAUAGAUGUAGAGGAGAACUGUGAAAAUGAAAUCAAAACAAGUAAGAAAAAUAAAAAAAGUAAAAAACGUCAGUCAGUUGAUGAAUCUGAACAAGCCCAAAUAUUAGAUUUUGCUGAGAGUAACAAUUAUUUAACAACUUCCGAAGCAUAUGAUGCAAUAGAAUCUUAUACAACUCCACAAAAAAUAGGUACUCCGCCAAAUACGCCGAAUGAAUCAAUUAACGAUGAUGCCGAAAAAUUUAGUAAUCCAAGUAUUUCAAAUUCAUCAUUGUCUUUGGUAUCAAGUCAAAUAAAAUUGGAUCGGAUCGGUGAAAAUGAUAUUUUGGAAUUGAUUAGAGAAAGUACUGUUUUGGGAUCAAGCUUUUGAUUUUUUUUCGUUUAUUUUUAAAUAUUUUAAAUGUUUCUCCUUUUUUGUACAAUGAAGUAUGUAGCUUAAAUUGAUUUAAUAAUAUGAAAAUUUGGUAUUUCCAACCACUUUUAAUAGCAUACUUUCUUUUCGUAAAAUUGAAAAUUAUAUAAAUUUUUAUAUACAUAUUUUAAUUAAACAAUAAUACAUUUUAGCAAUAAAACAUACAUGUAUUUAAAAUAUUAUUAAAAAUGUAUAUCAAAUAUGUACCAACAUAAA